CAUCGGCUCGACCGGAAACCGACAAUUGGCCGGGCAGUGCCAACAGCAGAGCUGUAGACACCUCUGCGCGUCUCGCAACGAGUGGUCAGUCCCUCAUGCACGUUCGGACCGUUUCGCGAGCUCCUUUUUAGUCAUUGUCGAAGCCUCGCCCACUAAAAACGUAGAUUCGGCUUUGUUCGCGUUUGAGGGUUGACCUAGUGGUGGGGAAAGUACUUGAUUUCCAUACACGUAGUAAUUUGUUUUUCGGGUGAACUUGCGGUGAAUGACAUCGCACUGACAUACCACUUGUGCAGAUAGAGAGGGGGGGGGAGUGUGGCCAAAGUAAGCCAUAGCGAGAAGAGACUAAACUGGCGCGAUGCUGAGGCAGUCGUCGUCGCGCGGGCGGCCACUGCUGCUUUACGUGUUCGUGCUGCGCGCGUUGACGGGCUGCUGGUCAAUUGGGCCAUUUGCCGCGAGGGCGUCUCGGCCGGCACGGGGCAUAGCGGAUCUGCGCGAGCUCAUGAUGCAGCAGCAGCCGUCGACCGGCCACGGUGCCUGUGACCUCGAGGUCGGGCUCAAGGCCGGGGGAACGCCCACCUGCGAGUGGUUCUGGAAGAACGACACCUUCGAGGUGCUCUCCGCGGUUGGGCUGGCGCCCGACGAGCGGGGCCCCACUGUCGAUGCGAGCAACAACCGCAUGGGUAAAUUUUUGUGGCUGACGGGCAACACGACGGCCCACCUGUGGUCCAAGAUAAUACCGCGGACCGGAGCCCGGUGCUACCUGGAGCUGGCGGUUUACCAGAUCGAGAUAGCCCACGGGAAAAUAAGCCUCGUUAUCGAGACCGACAACGGCAUCAACAAGACGUACGUCGUCGCCCACGAGCGACCCGGCAACAACACCGCCAGGUGGGAAAAGAUGAAAAUCAACUUGGGCGACAACAGGCAGGAGUUUCGGAUUCUGUUGGAGAUAAAGCUACCCUUCGACAACUCGAGCAUCGGCGUCGACAACAUCCGGCUGGUCGACUGUUUUCCCGAGCAGCGGACCUUUUCGCACCGCGAGUGCACCGACAGCAUGUUCAGGUGCAGGGACGGCACCUGCCUGAAACCCGAGCACGUCUGCGACUUUACGAUAGACUGCCCGGACGCCGAGGACGAGACCGCCGAUUGCAACAAGCUGCCCCAGGAGGCGCGCUGCAACUUCGAGGCCGGCUGGUGUGGCUGGGAAAACGUCAACGAGAACGUCAAGUGGAAGCUCGGCCGGGGACCGGCCAACAGACAGAGGAUGGGCCCCAUCGCCGACCACACGUACCGCAACCUCACCGGCACCUACGCCUACGUGGAAAUGACGAACGGUGGCUCGCUCGGUAGCGAGGCCGAGCUCAAGAGCCCGGUGUACAACCCGAUGCCGGCCUACCACGGCGACCCGACCAGUCCGUACGUGAACUCGUGCAAGGUGCGCUUCGUCUACUACCAGGUCGAUAUGAACACUCUGGCGCUUGGCCUGUGGCUGGUGAAGCUGCUGCCCCAUCAGACUAAGCGCGAAAAGUUGUUCUGGUCGUUCAAGAAUACCGGGGGUAGGUGGCAAACCAUGACAUACUCGUUGCCCCACUCGCGGGUCAAGUACUACUUGCUCUUCGAGGCCGUCAAGGGUUACGGGUCGAACGGCCUCGUCGCCAUCGACGACUUUUCCCUCAGUCCCGAGUGCUUUGGAUUGGGUGUGCCGGCAUCCGUUGUCGGGGACUUUAAUUACUACGACCAGAAGAUCAACGACGUCCCACCCAGGCAUCCGGACUUUGUCAACGCCUCGAUGACAGUGGUCGACGCGUGCGGCCAAACCGGUAGGCUCGGGCCCACGACUGAGCAGUGCACCGAGGCGCACAACCUCACCGACGUCGAAGUGUUGUCCGAGUUGUCCGCCGACAGGGGCGACGCGGCCUUCCGCUCCAAGGGGAUCCAGCGCUGGAUUGCACCGCGUGGCGGCUACUACACAAUCAUCGCAACCGGUUCUCGGGGUGGUAUCGGCGCGCUGGCCACGGGGAUCUCGCUGGGUGCAAUGGUCAAGGGUAUAAUCGAGCUCGUCAAGGGCCAGCAGUUGUACUUCAUGAUCGGCCAGCCUGGGACCGACGCGUGUCCAAAGAAAUUAGGCCGCAAGGACGACACGUGCCAGAAGAUGAAGUCCAACUUCACGUCCGACAAAAUUCACGAGGUCAAGAAAACCGAGCUCAGCGACGGUGGCGGCGGCGGAGGUGGCGCCACCUACGUUUUCACGCUAAAGGAGAACGGGGAGCAGCUACCUCUGCUGAUUGCCGGUGGCGGGGGUGGCCUGGGCUCGACGCAAUUCCAGGACGAUCAGCAGGACGCCAAGGGCAUACUGACCGGGAAUCGCAAGCCCGUCAACGGCACCUCGUUCAGAGGAUACGCGGGAGGUGGCGGUGGCUGGCUGCCCGGGACGCCCGAUGGAAAGAACGACGUGCACUACGGGAUGGCUCUGACCCAAGGGGGCGUGGGUGGGAUCGGUUGUAGCCCCAACCAGCACGGCUUCGGCGACGGGGGCUUUGGGGGAGGCGGUGGUGGUUGCCUGUCUGGCGGAGGUGGUGGCGGCUACGCUGGUGGCGACACAGGACACGAGCCCUCUGGCAACGGGGCCGGGGGCUACUCGUACGCCCACCCGGAACUGUUGUACAUCGUCGACGCGGAAAAGCAGAACAGCGGACCGGGCGAGGCCUUCGUCGUGCCGGAGAUCCAGGGCUGUGGCUGCGAUUACCGUUGCAUGGCGCUCGACCAGUACCUCAGCGAGGUGCGCUGCAUCUGUCCUCAGGGAUGGAACCUCGCCGGCAACCAAAAGUCAUGCUUAAGUGAGUACCCCCUGGGCGACGAGCAAGACCCGACCCACAAGACCAUCAUGAUAUUUAUGAUAUGCGUGAGCGUCGUGCUCGCCUUCGCGAUCACCUGUCUCUGUCUCCUGCUGUACAACCGCUACCAGGCGCGCAAGGUGCACCAGUCGAAGCACCGGAAUGCCUUUUUCAUGGAAAAUGGCACGGAGUUGAGAACAGUGUCCAACACGAUGCUGUCCGAGUUCAACCCAAACUACGACUUUGCCGACAAUCUGCACAACCUCAAGGAGCUCGGCGAGCCCAUACCACGCGAACAAAUCAAACUUAUCAAAUCCCUGGGUCAAGGGGCGUUUGGCGAGGUUUACCAGGGCAUCAGACGCGACCCGCUCAAGGGCGACAUGGAGGUGGCGGUGAAGACAUUGCCAGUCUCGUCGACCCAGCAAGCCGAGGCAGAUUUCAUCAUGGAGGCCCUCAUAAUGAGCAAAUUCAAGCACGCCAACAUCGUCGAGUUCAUCGGGGUCUCCUUCAGCGAGCACCCGCGUUUCAUCAUCCUCGAGCUCCUCUCGGGCGGCGAUCUCAAAAACUUUCUCCGCGAGGAGCGCCCCCGAUCGGAUCUACCGACGUCGCUGACGAUGAAGGACCUGCUGUCGAUGGCUCUCGACGUGGCCCAGGGCUGCAAAUACAUGGAGGACCAUCGGUUCAUCCACCGCGACAUAGCGGCGCGCAACUGUCUCCUUACCUGCAAGAGCCAUCCGGGGCGCGUGGUCAAGGUUGCUGACUUUGGCAUGGCCCGGGACAUAUACCGCAGCGAGUACUACAAGAAGGGCGGCAACGCCAUGCUGCCCAUCAAGUGGAUGCCACCCGAGAGCUUCAUCGACGGCAUGUUCACCUCAAAGACCGAUGUCUGGGCGUUUGGAGUACUGCUCUGGGAGAUCAUGUCGUUCGGCUACAUGCCCUACACUGGCUGCUCGAACCGGGAGGUAGUUACACUGGUGGCCCACGGGGGGCGCCUGGCGAAGCCGGCCGGCUGCCCGGACCCGAUCUACGGCCUGAUGCUGAGCUGCUGGCAUCCCAUGGCCGCCGACAGGCCCAAGUUCGAGGAAAUCGUGCGCAGAAUCGAGCUGUGCAUGCAGGACCCCGACGUCAUGAACAGCCCCAUGCCCAGCUUCGACAUAAUGCCGCUCGUCGAUCGGGAGAUCUCCAUACCCGGGCUCUCCUCCGACACCGACUGCAUCGACAUCCAAGCCGGGUUGGACAAGCACGGCUACAUGCAGCCACGCGUCUUUUACCGGGCCAAGGCCGAGACUCGAGCCAACAACGAGCAACAGCAGCAACAACAACCGCCCCAAGGUAUCGUCUACGCGGCUCUUAAGCUCGAGCACGAGGAGGACAACGUCAACUGCAACGAUUGCAAGAUGAGCUCGUCGCCCGACUACAAGAACUCGUGCCUAGACCCCCAGCACAACAACUACACCCUCGACCCGGACGCCAAGCCCGAGCUCUGCGACAAUAGAUCACCGGAGCAAAGCGAACCCAACGCCAACGUGAUCGAGCCAACGUCGUCGUCGGGCCUUACAACCGAGGUCGGGCAAAACGGCAACCACGGCGAGAGGGCGGAGGUUAGGGACGCGAAAACCCGUUCGCCGGGCUCGUGCAACGGCAACGUCGAGGAGGAGCCCGUCAACGGCGUCAUCCGCAGUAGGAGCACGCUCAAGGCCGCCCUUAGCCUGGACCCGAGCGCCCUGCGCGGUCGCGUGCUCCCCUACGAGAAAAUCGGCUUCGGUCCGGCGGUGGCCGGUAGCGGCACCGACAGCCCCGGCAGCUCGGGCCGGCUCAGGGAGGAGUGCUCCUGCUGAGACUCGGGCAGCGGGGGCUGACGCUCCCCGGCGUCGUCGGACUGCUGCAGCCGCGCGAGCUGGCCCGGCUCCUUCCGCAGCCCCAGGCGCUCGGCCACCAUGCCCGCUAUACGUUACCACGCCCUCGCCGGCUUCCCGCGCUCCCGGCGCUCCGAGCAAUCGUCCGAGGAGACGCUGCUCUGAGCGGGAUGACGAUCAUGGGGUGUCAGGGGCUAGGGUAUCUUCUACUGGGAUGCAACCAGAGUGCAGGAGUUUGGGCUUUUCCUUCUUGAGCAUCUGGUAUAAUAUCGAAAUAAAAAGAAGCCAAGAGAAAACGUAUUUGGAAAAGAUAUUUUUAGAAUCGUUGCUUGCAGGUGUAGGUUUAUAUAGGGGGUGUUUUGGGUAACAAGAGAGUAGAUAUAUUUAACGAAGUGACGAAACAUUCUAUACGAACGUGAUACAUCCCGUUACAAAUUCAAUGUCGUGAUUAUAAUAUGGUAAGAUACAGUAUUAGGAAAGUGUGAGUGAAACUUUUACGUAUUUGCGCGGGACAAUUUAUUGAUGUAUGCUGUUGUGUGAGGAGAAUGUGAAACUAUUCAUCGUUGUAACAAUCGGUAUUCGUGAAAAUAAUGAAAUGCUCACAACAGUGAUUUACUUUUAGUCAAGCAUUUAUUUGUUUAAUUUGUUUUUUUUUUUCAGCUUAUUUUAACGCUGGUUUAUAAUUGUUAAUCACGUAGUGUAGAUGCAUGAGUUUGCCAUCUGCUGGUUGGAUGCAAAAAUAGGCAAUAGCGUUUUAUUUUUUACCGUAACGUUUAAUACGAAAUCAAGAAAAAAAUAUAUUAGAAACGCUCUUAAAAUAUAGUCUUUCAAUUUAGGAUUACAGGGUUUUCGAAUUUUUUCAAAAGCUAAAUAAUUUAUAAAAUGAAACCAUCAGAAAAACAUCGGCAAAGUAUUGGUUCUAUAAAGUUGUUAUAGAAAUUUGU